ACCUACAUUAGAACUCUAAAGUGCCAGUGUUAGGCUAAUUAAAUUUCAAGGAUUUCCUUUUUUCUUCAUGAUACAGAGUUUGCCACAUCUCAGGACGUGGAACCAAAUAAAUAAUUUUGAGUUGCAUUUUCUACUAGUGAAUAGGACCAGUUGCUUUUUUCUUUUAUCAGUGAUGUUAGUUGGAAUCUGAAGCUACUUUAUGCCUCCUCAUGUAGUUGUUGGAAUCUGGAGUAUUGUAUCUUUAGAUACAAGCUUCGGCUCAAUUAUCAAAUCCAUUGGCAUAACUCAUCUUUUGCUUUUAAACUUUCAGCAAAAAAAAAAAUAAAUAAAUAAAUAAAUAAAAGAAACUGCCAAAAGCAAAACCAGCAUUUGCACCCAACUAAUCCAUUUUCCCUUUGUUAUCAAGCAAACUGUACCAUAAAAGGUUCUAGGUAAUGCAUUCAGUACUGCUAGCUCCAUAGAUCAGACCAAGAAGCUGCAGAAGGAAAAUGGCCCUGACAAGGGUACUAGGUUUCUUUCUGUUCCUCCACUGUGCCUAUGUCACAAUUGCUUCAGACCCGGAUCCUGUCCGAGACUUCUGCAUUCUUGAUACAGAUGUUGCAGCCCAUGUUUCUUGUAGGAAUUCUUCGGCUGCCACAGUGGAAGAUUUUGUAUUUUCUGGAAUAAAAUCUCCUGCAAAGUUCGAUGAAACUGGCCUGUCAUCUAUUCCUGUUAAUGUCAAUGUGUUUCCAGGUCUGAACACAUUAGGGAUGUCGCUAGUACGUGCAGAUCUUGAAGCUGGCGGUGUGAAUGUGCCUCAUUUCCAUCCAAGAGCAACUGAGGUAGCAGUUGUUUUGGAAGGAAAACUUUACUCAGGAUUUGUGGAUACCCAGAACCGGGUUUUUGCUAAGGUGAUUGAAAAAGGUGAAGUCAUGGUGUUUCCAAGAGGUCUAGUGCACUUCCAAAUGAACAUUGGAGAUGAAAAGGCAACUAUCUUGGGAAGUUUUAACAGCGAAAAUCCUGGAUUGCAGAGAAUCCCGAGUGCUGUAUUUGGAUCAGGCAUUGAAGAAGAGCUUUUGAAGAAAGCUUUUGGAUUGAGUUCUAAAGAGAUUGCCAAGUUGAGGAAAAGGUUCGCUCCUCAUAAUUUGUUGAGCUAAAAGAAUAGGGAUUCAAAUUAAAGGGUAUGUCUCAAUUUUAUGAAUAUUCAGUAGAUUAAUAAUGACUCUGUUAGUUAAUUAAAAACUCAGAAUUGUGUUGGUUGAUAUUUAAACCUCCAAAUGUAGAAUAUUUUUUUUUA